CUACUGCUGUAGUAGCCUGAACGGCUACCCACUUGUUCGCACACCUAUGCGCACACACCGAUGUACCGAGGCUGACGAGGAAACCUGCGACCCUCUAGGGCAAUGAACCCCUGGAAUGAAGACCGGCUGCGGGAGGACAGCGAUCCGGAAGACGAGCCUGCGUCCGGACCGAUCACGACGACUGGUUCACCCCGGCGGAGAAGAAGCAGCUUAGGCAGCCCGACCCCCACCGGCUUGCCUGGCCUAGAGGUGCCCCCGUCACCCGCUGGUGGCAAUAACGCGGGAAACUUGCCUUCGAACCGGUCUACGUUCAGCCCCAGCGCCUCUUCGCCUACCAGCAGUGGGACGCGGUGCGGGCGACGGCGAUCCGUCGGCGCGAUGUCACUGAGGGGCGCAUCGAGGGCGGACGGUGCCCAGAUGGCGGACGCCCGGGCGGCGGAGGAGGCUACGGCUCGGAACAAGCUGGAGCAGGAGGCCCCCAUCCGAGGACUCGCCAAGCAAAUGUCCCGAAUGGAUAUGUUUUCUGGCACCAAAAAGAGCGGCGGCGCGGGCACCAACAGCUGGCCGGGCCACAGGAAAACCAGCAGUGGGAUGGGCUUUCUACUCUCUUCCGCGCAGCCCCACUCGAGGGUGCCGUCUAGAACCGACGACAGGUCACCGUGGGAGGCGGCCUCGAUGGCAGCGCCGGCGCCCCCACCGUUGCCGCGACCAACGGGCGCGGGAGUAGCGCAGACACCUGUCGCUGCCACGUCGACAAGAGCGGGGCAGCAGCGACGGGGGAGCCAGGGUCAGCCCGCCAGCAACAUUAGUGCUGGAAGGCUCGAAAGGGCUACCGGCGGAGGCGGCGGCAAUUCUGGCGUUGAUGGGUGCCGUAUUGCUUCCAAGACUCCCGCGGGGGUGGCGGUAGCGCAUGGCGUAGGGCACAGCGUCGGAGCGGGGGAUAGCCAGCCGCCUCCCCAGGGCGACGUGAACUACCCCGAUACGCCGCCGCCGCUCCGGCGCAUGCAACGGCGAGGGAGCCUGGUGAAUCGGGAGGUGCCCCCGGAGGAUGACCUCAAGGAACCCAUCGAGCCCGAGCUCAUGAUCGGAGAGAUUCAGAGUAUCCGUCUACACGAGGAGAUCGCGCUCGUGCGGAGGGCCAUCGUGUUGAUCAUGUUGAGCCUCGUGGCCGCUGUCCUCGUGCGCGAGUUCGCAGGAGAAUUGGACAAGGACGUGAACAUUCGCGAGGUUGUAUUUUUCGUGUCUUUGCUUCUCCUGUCCUUCCCGGUGAUCCGCUUCACCGCCAGACUGUUCGCCUUUGUCAUCACCACGAGGGCGUCCGGGCUUCUCUAUAGGGGUAACCGCUACUACUUCGUGGUCGCUCUUCACUACGAUAUUGCCGUCACCAUUUGGUCAGUCGUGGCCAGGUACAUUUGGAAAGAGCUGUUUCACGAGUGGGUGUACACGGACGACAGUAAAAUGGCGAGAACUAUAUUCCGACACGUCAGCCCUGUGCUCGAGUGCCAUCUCGCCCUUCGAGUGGGCAUCCUCUUGAAGAACUACUUGGUGCUGCUCGUGGCGACGUCAUACCUUUGGAGACCCUACCUCCAAAGGGUGCAGAGUAGCAUCCUGGCGCAGUACAUCCUGCUGCUGCUCACAGACUACUGCACCAAGGGCUACUGCAACCCUGGCGACCAGAACUUUGCGAUCGAGAUGGGGCGGCAGGGCAUCAAGGAAGGGAAGAACAUCUCUCUCUACGCAGUCUCGAAGGCCAUGGGAUUCAUUCCCCGAAACAAGCUCGGGCACACAUUUUUCAGGCAGCUAGCGGGAAGCAACACGCUAGAUUCGAGCAAGGACGCGACCACGCUCGGGAACUUCCUGUUCGAUCAGCUCAUCAUCCGCAGCCGCCCGCCGCCAGCCCGACCCACCACGAAGACUUCGCCUCCGCGCAAGAGCCUCGCCGCUGCGUUCACCGGGGCCGGAGGCGGGAGCAUCCGGAUGUCGCGAGGCAGCCACGGCGUCGGGGGCACGUACAGGGCUCUCCCCCGCUUCGGCGGUCAGAUGCAGAAGCGAAACAGCGAGUCGAUGGCGGUGCCCGCCUCCCCGCGGACCCCCGUGGCCUCUCCGAAGAGGUUCUCGACGUUCGACGCCGGUCGCCCUCAAGUUGAAGGAAUGCCGUUGGCGAUUGGCGGUGGGGGCGGCGCUGCGGCGGGUAAGGUGCCGGUUGCCAAGGCGGUCUCCAGCAAGGCUUCCAGCACCCUCAGCAAGCUCGUCCCCGUGGCUGGGCGUGCCUCGUUGAUGUCGUCCGGCAGAGGGAGUGCCAGCGGCGGCACCGAGAGCAGCGAUGUUCCCGGCGGUGAUGCCGGGACCACCUCCUCUGCCAACACCUCCCCUGGCAGAAGCAGGGGCCGCCGACGUGAGGCUAGGACUUGUGUGAACGGGGUCGGCCUGUCGAUCGCAGAUGGUUCUGGGGGGGAAAUGGAGGCGACCGGUGAAACCGGCACGGAGGGGGAGAGCCCCGAGCAGCCGGUGGUUUCAACGUCGCCGAGCGGGCGCGAUACGAGGAUAGAUCGGGCCCGGGUUCUUGCCCAAAACAGGAACGUUUUUUCCAGCUGCAGCAGCGUCGCCAACAGCAGCAACUACGGCGAUAAGGAGUGCGGCGACGGCGUUGACGGAGAAGGCCGUCAGCAGGACCAAGAGGAUGGAGUGAAGGGGCAGGCAGGGCGGAGUGGUGAGACGGAAGCCGAGAAAAAGGAGAAGCCAAAGCAGGAGGAGGUGCUGGUGCGGAAGACAUUUUGCCCGGCGCUUGAGCCGGAGCUGCUCGACGUGGCGUUCAAGAUCUUCGACCUCGACAACAGCGGCACCAUUACCAAGGAGGAAAUGGUGCUGGGCGUUGUCGGGACAUUCAAGGACCACAGGAGCCUCGCCCACACCCUGCAGGACAGCGAGCACAUCGCGCAAAAGCUUGGCCUCAUCAUCAUGUGUGUCAUCCUCUUCAUCCUUUUCUUCGUGUGGCUGUCGAUCUGGGGGGCGGACGUGGUCUCCCUGAGCGUGACCUUCGCGUCGUUCCUGAUCGCCUUCUCCUUCAUGAUCGGCACCGCGGCGAGCAAUCUCAUGUCCGCGGUGCUCUUCAUCUUCGUGUCGAGGCUGUACGACGUCGGGGACCGGGUGCACAUCUACAGCGGCAGCAACACCCGAGGCGAGGAGCCCACGAACGUCACGGUCGUGAAAGUGGACCUCAUGACGACCGUGUUCAAGCGCUGGGACGAGCAGGCCUCGCUGCAGGAGUUUUCCAAAAGCAAGGACAAGCCGGAGGGGCUGUACCCGCGCAUGGGUUUCUCGCUGGUGAGAAUCGAAGACAGCACCAAGCUGACGAUUCGUAUCACGUUCCGGCAAAGGGGCAACUGGCAGGUGGGCCAAGAGGCGAUAGUGGUCGUGAACAUGGAAAAGAAGUGGGCCUGCCAGAGUAUGUGCACCUGGGCCAUCAAGAGCGCCUGUGACAGCCUCAACAUUUCGUACUUCCUGCCGGAGAUUCCUGUUCAGAUGAAGGAGAAAUCGGCCUAA